AUGUACAACGAAAGCAGGCCCGCGCUGAGCCUGGCCCAGCUACUGGCGCAAAAGGCGCAGUUAUACGCAGAUGAUAAUGCCCUCGAGGAGGGUGGCUAUCGCGUAACGUUUCGGCAACUGCACGAAAAGGCUCUGAGUGUUGUCCUCAAGCUGGAGAAGCUCGGAGUCACAAAGGAGCAACCCAUUGGAAUCCUUAUAUCGAGAGGAAUAAACCAUAUCCUGGCCCAGGUGGCCGUGGUGUAUGCCGGAGCAACCUGUGUCCCUUUAGACAUUGACCUACCAGAUGACCAUCUCGAACGACUCUUGCUGCAUCUGGGAGUCUCUCUAGUUCUAGCAGACAACUCCAACGCACAUCGACUGCCAAACCUGCAACAUCUGGCUCUCAAUUGGGACUCUGCUGAGGGAGGAACAGUUGAACACCUCUCGGUGUCCGACAAUUCGCCUUCCUGCUGCUCUCAUAUUCUCCACACCUCCGGCUCGACCGGCCAGCCAAAGGCCGUGCGAGUGCUUGCUGCUGGACUAAUCAACCUCGUUUUCAACGAAUUUGCCCCAAUUCAUCGUGGUGACCGCGUGGCUCACGUCUGCAAUGUGGAAUUUGAUGUAUCGCUGUGGGAGAUCUGGUCUGCGCUCUUGCACGGUGGGACUGUGGUUGUCUUUCAACGAGAGGAGUUUCUGGAUCCAGUUAUCUUUGAGCGACGACUCCAGGUGGACCAAAUCAACGUGAUGUGGCAGACCACUUCAUUGCUUGCUACCAUCGCACAUACCUGCCCCCAUGUCUACUCCCACGUUGAUAGCUUGUUAACAGGUGGAGAGGCCAUCCAUGUCCCCACCAUCCGAACAAUCUUCGCCUGCGGUCCUCCGCGGAAGCUGUUCAACGUCUACGGGCCGACGGAGCUGUCCGUCUUCACAACCUAUCACCUGGUAACUCUGGAAGACAUUGAAGGGGGUGAGAUUCCUAUUGGGAGACCCCUCGGUGGAUACGACGCCUUUGUAGUCGACGAGAACCUCCACCCCGUGACUCAGGGCAGCGUGGGAGAGUUGGUAGUGGGUGGCACUGGAGUCGCAGGGGGAUAUUUUGGACAGCCCGAGAAGACAGCCCAGGUGUUUGUGUCUGCUCCUCACCUCCAUGAGAACUGCCAAACAGCACCGGGAUUGCUCUAUCGGACAGGCGACAUUGUGCGGCGAAAUGAUUCCGGGGACAUCAUUUAUCUUGGCCGUCGCGACAACGAGGUGAAGAUCCGCGGACAGCGAGUCGACCUGGGUGCGAUAGAGAAGGCUCUGUUGGCGACCCAGCUCGUGGUACGCGCCGUCGCACUGAGAAUUACACUCGAUGAGCUGGAUGGAGGAUCCGCCUUGCUUGUCUGCGUGAUUCCUUUUUCUCCUAAGAUCACAUCUACCGCUAUUCGUCAGCUUUACGUCGAACAGGCACCGUAUCUGAUGGUACCGCGCAUCCAGGUUGUCGAGCGGAUCGCUCUCACUGGGAGCGGGAAGGUCGAUCGCAAAGCGCUGGCCAGCGGUUACCUGCAGAGCCUGGCACCGAUAUCAUUGAGAGACAAUGAAGUCAAUGGCGCCAAAAGUGUGGAGGAUAAGCUACGAGCCUUGUGGCAAGAGCUACUCGGACUUCCCAACGCCACUUUCCACGACGAUGACGAUUUCUUCGUCAUCGGGGGAACCUCGCUUCACGCUGCACUGCUCGUGUCUCGUAUCCGACAAAUCUUUUGUUGUGAAAUCCGCGUCUCGGUGUUGUUCGAGAAUUCUUCCUUCCGGGCGUUGUGUUCAUUGCUUCGAGCCAGCGACACUCCAGCCCUAACGGACCACACAGCCUCCGCGCAGGAAGAAUGGCAACGCGACUGUGGCCUGGGACUCGACCUUCGACCCUUGUCGCGGUCAAUCCCUGACUGGCGCGGUUCUUCCGAGGGCGUCGUCUUCCUGACCGGCGCCACAGGCUUUGUAGGAGCCUUCGUCCUGGCUGGACUCCUUGCACUCAGCGAGGUGGAAACGGUAGUGUGUCUGGUGCGUGCUACCGAUGCCCUGCAUGCCCACCGCCGCAUCCGCAAGGCUUUACUCAAAUACAGUCUGAUGCUCACGCCCGCACAAGAAGCACGGAUUAUUGCUAUGGCUGGGGACAUCGCCCACGAGGAUCUGGGAUUGACCCCACAGCAGUAUUCGUGGCUCUCGCACUGGACGAGCGUGGUGUUCCAUCUUGGGGCGCAUGUCAACUUCGUGCAGCCAUACUCGAGCCACCGCGCGGCGAACGUGCUGGGGACGCUGCACAUGAUCCGGUUUGCGAACAGCGGCCGCACCAAGGCGCUGCACUACACAUCGAGUAUCAGCGCGUACGGGCCCACAGGUGUUGUGAAUGGCCACACGCAUCUGGCGGAGGAGGAGCAGCCGGCCUCGCACAUGUCGGCUCUCCCUUUUGCCAUGGGUUACGCGCAGAGUCAGAUGGUGGCGGAGACUAUCGCCUGGAACGCGAUCGCUCAGGGCUUACCCAUCACCAUCUACCGGCUCGGGUUUGUCCUAGGGCACAGUGAGACGGGGACGAUGAACCCGGACGACUUCCUGGCGCGGGUCGUUGCCGCCAGCCUGCAAUGUGGCUGUUAUCCGCUGCUGCCUGGUCAUCGCGAGGAUAUUGUCCCGGUGGAUUGGGUAGUCUCGACACUUUUGCAUAUCGCCUCUGGCUCGCAGCAUGCCCGUCAAGCGUAUAACGUGGUGCAUCCUACAGCAGGGUCAGGUGUGGAGCUCUCGACAAUCUUCACUCUGCUGAGCCAGGUCCGCGGCAAGACGCCCCUGCGUCCUGUUCCUUAUUCCGAAUGGGUUGGGGUUCUGUCGCAGACCCAGGGAAGUCCCCUUCGAUCUUUGCUCCCGUUGUUAGAGGAGAAAGUUUGGGAAGGACGCAGUCUGUGGGAGAUGCAGCAUGGAAUGCCAGAAUUUGGGACCGAGAAUCUCUGCAGAGCUUUGGCUGCAGCUCCACAGCUGUUGGAAUGUCCCUCGCCUGCGUCUCUGGUGGUGCGAUACAGUCCCCACUGGCUGGGGGGUGAUGUCUCGAAUGUGUCCUCUAUUUAG